AUGUCUGAUGAUUAUCUAUCUAUCUAUCUAUGUAUCUAUCUAUCUCAGUCCAUUCCUAUCUAUCUAUCUAUCUAUCUAUCUAUCUAUCCUAGUAUUUACAUAUCUACACUUCUUGCUUUCCUUUUCCUGAUUCUUUUAAUUUCUUUAUUAUUUUCUUGCUCUCUUUCUUUCUUUCUUUCUUUCUUUCUUUUCUAUCGUUCUUGCUUUCUUUCUUGUUUGGAUCUCUUUUUUCUUUCUUGUUUGACUUUUUUGCUUACUUUUCUAUUUUUCCUAUUUUCUUUCUUUUGUAUCGUUCUUUCUCUCUUUCUUUCUUUUUUCAUUUUUUCUUGUUUUGGCUUUCUUGUUUUUCUAUCGUUCUUCUUUCUUUCUUUCUUUCUUUCUUUCUUUCUUGCUUGGCUUUCUUGUUUUUCUAUCGUUCUUCUUUCUUUCUUUCUUUCGUAUUUCUUUCUUUCUUGUUUGGCUUUCUUGUUUUUCUAUCGUUCUUCUUUCUUUCUUUCUUUCUUUCGUAUUUCUUUCUUUCUUUCUUUCUUGUUUGGCUUUCUUGUUUUUCUAUCGUUCUUCUUUAUUUAUUUAUUUUUUUCUUGUUUGGCUUUCUUGUUUUUCUUUCUUUCUUUCUUUCUUUCUUUCUUUCUUUCUUUCUUGUUUGCCUUUCUUGCUUUUGUUUCUUGCUUUUUUCUUUCUUUCUUCUCACUGCUCUUACAUCUUCACCUUACCUUCAUUUUCCACUCAAAUCUUCCACUUCCUACACCCCCUUCCCCCUUUUCUCCCCGCCCUCCAAUCCCAACAAUUCCGAGUCGAUUUCCUCCCAAAUUAUCAAAACUCUCUUUAGUACGUACGCCCGUCACGCCAACAAUGCGUUUUCACGUCUUCCUCCCAGACUCGCUAUUUAUGCUCGCGUCGGGGGCAAUUAACAUUUGCAUACGAGACUUACUUCUUGUUCUCCCGAGACUUCCGAUCUCUCUCUCUCUCUUUCUCUCUCUCUCUCUCUCUCUCUCCCUCUCUCUCUCUCUCUUUCACUCUGUGGAUGUGUACGAAUUAACGAGUAACGUGACUAUUUCUUAA